CAAAAUGGAUGGUGCCUGUCCGACCGGAAUGAAUGAAAGUUGCGACUCGCUAUAUGCAGAUGGAAGUACAUUCCUGACUGAACUAGAGGUACUGCAAGAAAUAUGUGAAGAGGAAAUAGCUUACAACAAAAAACCUAAUUCUGCAGAAGUAUGUAUUACCCUCCACCCUGCUACAGCUGGGAACAAGGAUGCUCAGUUUGUGUGUCUUACCCUUGUCAUUUUAGUAACAUCUGAGUACCCUGAUGUUCCUGCAAACUUCCAAUUCAGAAACCCUAGGGGGUUAUCAGAGGAUGAAAUUGAAAGGAUAUCAGGAGAUUUGAAGAUGCUUGCUGAAGAGAAGAGAGGAAGUGAGAUGAUGUAUGAUCUUAUACAGACUGCCAAAGAUUCCUUGACAGAGAACAACUCACCUAGCUUGCCUUGUACCAUAUGUCAGUGCCAAUUUGAGGAAAGCGAAGUGUUCACCAAGACUUCAUGCUACCACUACUUUCACAAUUUUUGCCUUGCUAAGCUCCUUCAACAUUCAGUGGAAAAUGAGGAAGAAGAGCCCAAAUGCCCUGUCUGCAGAGAAGCCCUUGAAGACACACUCCUAGAGAAGCUGCAGGAUGCUCCAGAACCAAACUAUGAUGAUUGUCCUGAUAUGGAAAUAACUCCAGAGUUACGCCAGUGGCAAGAGGAGAUGAAAGUCGGGUUCGAUCGCCAAAAAGCAAAAGGAGGCCACAUUGAUAUAGAGGCAGAAAGCAACAAACAUCUUAUCAGCAUUAGACAUGUUCCUAAUGUGUCAAUAGAGGAUAUGGUUUCCCAGCAACUCAGGAGUUCAUCACCUUCUGCAACUGCUGCAAUUGCUGCAAAGACAUCCCAAGACAACUCCAAGUCAGCUGCAUCACACCCUGAGAACAAGCCCAGAGAUGGAAAACCUGUCUUUGUACAUGACAAACAUCAUAUUCGACGAGGAGGACAUGACAGUCAUCACCGGGGCUCAAGAGGUCAUGGUGAGGGAAGGGGUCAUCAUAGGUCACAUCCGAGAGGACCGAGACAUUCCGGGAGGGAUGAGAGACAAGGAUCAAGUAGAGGUCAUCAGAAAUCUGAUCCAAAAAGGACUGGUGACAGAGAUAAACAAGUGGAAAGAAGAGGGAAUAAUGGACAAAAAGAAGGUGAAAGGAGAGGGGAGAGGUUAUCCAAGGUAAAACAGUCAAAUGAAUCAAAAGAAGAAUGUGCUGAUAGUGACAAAGUCAUAAAACAGAAGGAAGAGGAGACGAGUGAUCAACUGAAGAGCAAGUUUGAGAGGAGAAACAGUGGAGGACAGGCACCAUCAAUCUCUGAAUCCAAAGAGACUAUGGAGGGCCAUCUCAAGGGUGUUGAUGAGAAAGACUUACUUAAGAAGAGAGAUGCAGCUGGGGAGGAAAGAGAAGCAAAGGUAUCAUCAGAAGCAGAAACAAAGAAAUUAAAGGAUGGUGAGAUUGAACAAGAAAGGACAAGUACAGGGAAGGAUACUCGAGGGAAAGAAAACCAAGGUGGCAAUGACAUGAAAGCAAUAAGAAACAGGGAAUACAGACAUAAUUACCAUCAUAGAAAUUAUGAUAAUAGAAAAGAUGGUCAUAGAUCUGAUCAUGGUCAAAAUCGUAGGAGACCUGCCAGAUCCAAUUAUUCAGAUGGAGGCUCCCUAAGAGAGGAUUCUGUUGAAAGACAGGGUGAGGAUCCAAGGUCUGGAUAUAAGGAGAGGGGAGGGAGAAGAGGGAGAGGCCAGGGUAGUGCAAUGGGAGGGGCACGGAGGGGUGGUUCCGCACGAGACAUGGGGAGGGGUGCUGAUAGAGCAGGGUCAGGUGGAGUACAGAAGGAACUUGAUGGUUACCAAAGGAGAGUAGAUGAAGCUGGUUUGAAGGCAGGAAGCGCAAGCAAGAAAGAAGAGGAACACAGUGUCCGGCCACCUCCUGGAUUCAACCAAAAGCCUGUGGUCAAUGUCCAAAAGUGCAAGCCCCCACCCGGGUUUGAAUUUAGGUAACAUUGACUUCUUAAUAUAGUUUGAAAUAUUUUUUUUGGAUUGUUCAAUUAAAUCUGUUAUUUUUCUUCAAGUCAAAUAAAAUCACAAAAUUUAUAAAUAAUGAUAAUAAAGAAAAAAAGUGACAUGAACCACUUUUCUUUAGAAGACAAUAAAAGAACCGAUGUGAUUGUCAUGAUUAUGUCCAGGAAAGCACAAUUCAAACUGGUAAUAUCAUGGGAGGGUGACUCCCCCUUUCAAGGACCUGCGACCCGGAACUGGCUCUAUAUCCACCUUUCUAGGGGGAUUGUAAUGUUGACCUGUGUGUGCAGAUUAUGUUUCUGUGAUGAAGGUAUUAGGUAAAUAUAUGUGCCUAAA